CACUGUCUGGAACUGUUGAAUAGCAGGAUAACUAACAGCAUAACAUUAAUAACAAAAAAAAACCAACAACUUAAUAUAAUAAUAUCAAGAUUAUCAAUUGAAACAAUCAUUUUGAGAUUUUGUUCGAAAUGAAAAGCUUCUCAUUUGAAGGCUUUUGCCGCUUUUGCGGCCGCCUGCCUUUUGCUGGCCAGCCAGGCAAGUGCCUAUACUAUGGAGGACAUGUGUGCUCAGUGGUCGGGCACUGGAUAUAUUGGCAAUCCUACCGAUUGCACCCGCUGGGGAUACUGCAAAAAUCAGGAGCUUGUGGCCACAGGUACCUGUAGCAAGGGCGAGGUUUAUGAACCGCAGUCGCAGACCUGCCAAUACGAUUCUACCACGGCGUGCACCACCAGCGCAAAGCAGACAUGCGCUGCACUGAAAACUGCCGGAUUUGUGGCAGAGCCUACAGAUUGUACCAAAUAUACCUAUUGCUUUGGCGAUGGUACAUCCGAAACUCAAACUUGCCCAACUGGUCAGAUGUAUGCUGCCAACAAUAACUCCUGCGUUUGGGGUCCAACAUGUCCACAGGAUACACUCUGCCGUUUUAUGCCGAACAAUAUUUUUGUCGGUGAUCCGACCAGUUGUCAACAAUAUCUACAGUGCAUCAAUGGCUACGGAGUAUCGGGAAGUUGCCCCGAUGAAUUUCCUUACUAUAACGCUGCUAGCAAUGUUUGCCAAAAAACUGAUACAUGCACAGGCAAUGGCGGUGUAACCACUAGUACUCCACCUGUAACAAAUAUUCCAUGCACUCCUGGAUUGGAAACUUAUACAGCAGAUGGAGAGACUUGUUACGGAUACCUAUACUGCGAUGGCGUCGCGGAAGAAUCUGUUUGGGGAUCCUGCCCCUUUGGAUUGUCAUUUGAUGAAGCAAAACAAACAUGUAUCUCUCCCGCAGCCACCCUUUGUGGAUCGGAUCGCUGUCAAAACACGAAUCUGACAUUCGCAGCUGUUGUAAAUACAGAGUGUAGGAGUUAUACAUAUUGCCCGUCUAAUACCGUGGGCACUUGCCCAACAGACUUUGAAUAUUUUGAUGAGGUAAUCGGGAAAUGCGUGGCCGAGCAACCCAAGCAAACUAUUUGUAGAGAAACACUGCCUCCGAGUUCCAACGAAUAGUAAACUAUAGACGAAGCCGGUGAAAUUUCCGUUUUUAACUGUUGCCUUAAAUUGUAUGUACGUAAUUAAAUAUUGCUAAAGUAAAGCGCAUAUAAAUAAAUCAAAUCAGUUAAUCUAGCAUUCUGCUCAAAAUGUA